CUGGGCGCGUGGCGGCCGGCGAGCUCUGUGCGGGGUAAAGCCUCCCGGCGCCGGCCAUGCGGGGAGUUGCUGAAGUAAAGGAAACCUGCAGCCUCCCCAUGCUAUCUGUUGACAUGGAAAACAAGGAAAAUGGCUCUGUCGGUGUAAAAAAUUCCAUGGAGAAUGGGAGGCCACCCGAUCCUGCAGACUGGGCCGUGAUGGAUGUCGUCAAUUACUUCCGGACCGCAGGAUUCGAAGAGCAAGCUAGUGCGUUUCAGGAACAGGAAAUUGAUGGAAAAUCCCUGCUACUGAUGACAAGAAAUGAUGUGUUGACAGGACUUCAGUUAAAAUUGGGGCCUGCUCUGAAAAUCUAUGAGUAUCACGUAAAACCUCUGCAGACAAAGCAUUUAAAGAACAACUCUUCAUAG